AAAUAUAACAAAAAAGAUGGCGGCGGUCUCGAUAACGGAAGGGGUUUGCUUUCGGAAGUAGUUCGCCAUUUUGAGUAUUUAUUUAGUCCUAUAUCUCUUAAAAGCUGCUCAUUUUUCAUCUUUAUAAACUUGUCUGGUCCCUGAGCAGGCCUCAUGGCAAAUGGAUCAGGGAAUUAUUCGUUUUUUAAUCACAAACUUCGAAUGCCUACCAGAACAAGUCCAAGAAAUAAUAAGCUUUUGGAGCGAAGGACGUCAUCGGAGAACACUCUCCACCGACUGGAGAGCCUUUCGAUUUUGUCGCCAGCGUCUGCAGCUGUCGAAGAUGUGGUCCCUUUUCGUGGGGAUGUGUUUGCCGCGGGGCUAGUGCCCCAUCCGCCAGAUUCACCGAAAUCUAGCGACGAAAACUCCAAGCGAACGAGCUCAGCUUUGAGAUUUCGAGGUAAAAAACGAACAAGAAACGAAUCACCGAGAACAUCGGGCUCUGAAGAUGAAAAACAGAUUCGUAAGUUCGCGUUUACGUCUAAAGUUUCGCCGCUAACGUCUCCUAGACGAUCGAGUACAGGGAGUAUAGGUUCGCUAGAAGGACUCGAAUGCGCUGCAGAUUUAAUUCGAAGGAAGAAUUUGAUUAGUUUGCAGCCGUUAAAAGGAAUUAAAUCUGAUAAAGAUUUGGUCUCUAACUUUAAGUCUUAUCAGCAAUCGGCAAGAAGUUCAUCUCCCAUAAAUGUAGCUACAAAUUCAAAACAAUUGACCACUAGCACGCCAAUCAAAGUUAUGGAAAAGAAUGAAAAUGGGAAAGAAGAAAUCAAUGAUCCUGGACAUGGAAAUAAAUUGGACAACUCUGAUUUCGCUCAACAAGCUAAUAAAUCUUUAAUUGAUAAAAAUGUACGGGCUAUUCCAGAAUUUGCAGAUGUGACCUCAUCUUUGUCCUCAGAAGAUAGUUUUACUAAUGUUAGUGGCAACGAUGAUGAUGACGAUGAUAAUACCACUCUUUCGUCAUCUAGCACUGAUGAAGACCUUAAACAAAUCAGUGAAAACAUUGCAAAAGAGAUAUCUACCAAGAGAUAUCCUGAUGCCACGUUACCCAGUCUGCCCAGAAAUAGCACACUAGAUAUCUCUGGCAAAUACGAAAGCAUUGGUCCAGGGACAUAUGAAAAGUGUGCAUCUCCAAUGUACCAAAAUGCUGACAACUAUGAGAAUACUAAACCACAAAUUAAUUCACCAAAAUAUUCAAAUGUCAAUGGAACAGUUUCAUCUACUGGUGACUCAUCAUACGUCCAUGACUCAACAUUUGAUGAUUCAAGAUUGUACGAGACACUUUCUGGUUACGAAAAUCAAAAAGCACUAGCACAAGUUUGGUCGACUUCUACAGGAGACCUAAAUCAUGGGAAUACGCAAACACAGAAUGCAACAGAUGCCAGGUUUGUCUCGGAAACUAACUUGUCGGCAGAAACAGGGAGUGGUUUCUCAAGCGUAUCGAGGAAUUCUCUACUACCGAGGGUGCCUGCAAAGGUGGCACGUAUGCGCAAUAAAAACUUUCUUCGUGAAGAAAUGGAAAAGUAUUUUCCUGAUCAUAAAGUUGGUGUUUUUGUGGCAACCUGGAAUAUGCAUGAGGAAAAGGAGGUACCUGGUUUUCUUGAUGACUUUCUACUUCCUGAAAAUGUGGACUUUCUUCAAGAUAUCUAUGUCAUUGGCCUUCAAGAGAGCACCUCCUCUAGGAGUGAAUGGGAGAUCCGUCUCCAGGAGACGCUGGGCCCAAGUCACGUCCUUAUGCAUAGUUGCAGUUUUGGAGUUCUGCAUCUGGCAAUUUUUGUCCGUCGUGAGCUUGUCUGGUUCUGUUCAGCUGUGACACAAGAGAGUAUUGCAACGAGGCCUGGCCACAUGAUCAAAACAAAGGGAGGCCUGGCAGUAGGCUUUAGUUUGUUUGGGACAUCUUUCCUGUUCAUCAACUCUCAUUUAACCUCUGAUGAGGGAAAAGCCAGGGACCGUGUCAAUGACUACAACAAGAUAAGAAAGUCCUUGAAUUUACAAGGAGAAGAGAAACCUUGGGUUGACAACAGUCCUGAUGUAACUGAUCGAUUUGACAGAGUGUUUUGGUUGGGAGACUUUAACUUUAGAGUUGACAUGGAAAGAACAGAGGUGGAUAAACUUAUAGCAACAUACCAAGAGCAAGAAAGCCCCGACUACAAAGAGCUUUUAAAGAAAGACCAGUUAUCUAGGCUUAUGAGCAAAGAAUUAGUACUACAUUGAAAAGAAAGAUACGAAGGGUGAUAAUUGUUUUAAAACGCCAUUAUCAUAACCUCCAAACGGAUAGCCGUUUACUCCCGUCUUUUCUACGCGAAAUUCACCUAUUUUAAGGACUUGAUGAGCAGAACAUGGAUUGAAGUGAAAGGUUAGUGUGCAAUGGGCUUUAUAAUGUAAUAGGAUCAAUAAUAAAUGUGACUUUUGCGACCAACUUUAGCAUAGAAUCAUCGUAUGUGAGCGGACUUUUCACACUAGAUGUGUUUUGUGAUUCUUUUCUUCUUAACACUACUACCUUCUUAUGUGUUUCUCUUAAUAUCUUUGCAGGACAUUAUGAUAGAGAUAGCAAAAUGUGCCCGAGUUGCAAAGCCAGAAAAGAAAGAAAUUUGAGGUAGUCAAGGAACGUAUCAAUGCGUGAAUAGCAAGAAUCGAAAAAAAACCUUUCAAAACUGAUACACAAAUUCACUGCUUACAUAUAAAGUUUCUAUGCUUUAUAAACUGUUGCUUGAAGCACAAAAUUGGCUAAGUAAAAACCUAGUAAUCAGUCUUGCACCUAAAAUUUGUCCAGGUAUUUGUUUUGAAUAUCCAAUAUUACUGUAGUUGGUUCUUGUCCAGAUAAGUUAUUUUUAAUAUUCUGAUCAGAGUAAAACCCUGCAAAUGAAGAACCUAGUUAUCUUUUCAUGCUAACCUACUAGGGUUUGAAUUUAAAUGGUGGAUAUAGGCUUUAGGCUUCUAGCUUCUUAUCUGAAUAUACAAAGUUAAAAACUAUGACUAUACAAAGAUGCCUAUUAUAAUGUAGCUAGAAUCCUUUUUUCCUAUACCAUUUUGCUUCCAUUUUGUUUUAUACUGAGGCACUAGGGUUGCUUGAAUGAGGUUAGAUCAUUUUAAACAUAUAACUUAUCCAAACGGGACCCACAUAUAUUAGUUGUGCUGGAAUACAUGGGACUGGUUUUGUAAGUCCAAGAUUUUGCACAAAUAGACAAUGGUCUUGUUUAUGUGAGUUCUAAUGUAUGUUUGUAUUUACAAUUAACCUGCAAGAAAAUGUGAUGCACCUAAACUUUGAAUAAAAAGAAUCUUGAAUGUU